UAUCUAUAAGAUAAAAAGUAAAAUACAUACGGAAUAUGUAGAACAAAUUUAACUUGCUAUUAUUGUAUUCGUCAUUUUUUUUCUUUUCUGUUUAAGAAAGUUAAAAAACAAAAUGAAAAUGUUUAGCAAGUCAAUAUCGGUAGUUAUCGUUGUAGCUGCAGUGCUUCUCAUGCUUGCCACACCGGAAGUUGAAGCUAGACGAAAAAUUCUGAGGGGUAGAAAAACAGUAACAAGGACGUACUUACGUCCUAUGGCAAUACCGGCAUGGGCAAUCAUUGUUCUUACUGCACUGGGUGAACUAAUAAUCGGCGCAGUCAUCUACGUUAUUUUAAAGAAAACUAUACUGGAUACGCCUGUACAGGGAUCAUACAGUGUUGCCCCUACAAAUGAAGUAUAAAGUUGCAUAAAGUAUUAUUAAAGUUGUCAUUCAA